UCAUCAUUUCUUUCAAGUCAUAGCGCCCUCCUCUCUCUCUCUCUCCUCUCUCUCCCUGUCGCUCUCUUUCUCGCCGCUCUCCUUCCCCUCCCCUCCCCUUCUGUGGAUGGUGUAGCUCUCUCUCUCUUUCUCUCUCUCUCUCUCGCAGUCUGGUGGAGCUGCACACAAGGAUUAGAGGGUUGCUGUGAGUGUCUGCUCAAAGAGAAGAAGGCAGAAAGAGAUAUCUAUUUUUUUUUAAUCUCUAGGACAGGAUAGCCUUACUGUUGUGGAUAAGUGUUCUGAUUUACCUUUGCACAGCAUCUACCUCUCCUCUAAAUCGCACCAAGCUGAAGCGCUGCUGCGCCUUCACCUGGGGGAGGACAGAUCACCCUGGGGGACUAUCUUGCCUGGACCUCCACACGGGGAGCCAUGUGAGCAGCACCCCACCACCACUACCGACUUCACACUACAGAAGUCCCCCUCCACAGUCUGCACUCUGAGCUGGGGAGCGCAACCAGGAUUUUUCACCCCUCUCCCUGGAAUCUCUACUUUCAGGGCUUGAGUGUAGGGACUCUCCAAGCUUGGUGUACCCCAGUGGAAGGCACUCUUCUCAGGGCACUGGUCGGGCUGUGAGUGCCCCCCUGGUCUGGAGGCCAGCCAGCAGCACUCCAGCACCAUGGAAUACCUUCUUGGGAUUGUAGUGCUGCUGUGUGGGGCGGUGCAGCCAGGAAGAGGAGUUAAUCCAAAGCACAACGUACCCAGACUAAAGCUGUCAUACAAGGAGAUGUUAGAGUCUAGUAACCUCAUCACCUUCAAUGGCUUGGCAAACAGCUCGAGCUACGACAGUUUCCUAUUGGACGAGGAGCGAGGGAGACUGCUGGUUGGAGCUGAGGACCACAUUUUCUCAUUUGAUCUCGUUAAUAUCAACAGGGACAACAAACAGAUUGCGUGGCCCGCCACCCCCUCUAAGAGGGAUGAAUGCAAGUGGGCAGGGAAAGACCUAGGGAAGGAGUGUUCUAACUUCAUCCGUGUCCUUCAACCAUACAACCAGACCCAUCUGUACAUCUGUGGCACAGGAGCCUUCCACCCCAUCUGCGCUUAUCUGGAAAUGGGCAAGAAGGCAGAGGACAACAUCUUCCGACUGGCCUCACAAUUUGAGAACGGCCGCGGGAAAAGCCCCUACGACCCCAAAAUGCUCUCAGCCUCACUUCUCCUUGAUGGAGAGCUGUACUCGGGCACAUCUGCUGACUUCAUGGGAAGGGACUUUGCCAUUUUCCGUACACUGGGAGAUCAUCAUCCAAUCAGAACAGAGCAGCAUGAUUCAAGAUGGCUGAAUGAUCCCAGAUUCGUAGGCAUACACCUGAUCCCUGAGAGUGACAACCCCGAAGAUGACAAGAUCUUCCUGUUUUUCAAAGAGAACGCCAUGGACGGGGAGCACACUGGGAAAGCUACUAUUGCCAGAAUAGGACAACUGUGUAAGAAUGACAUGGGAGGUCACAGGAGCCUGGUCAACAAAUGGACCACUUUUCUCAAAGCACGGCUAAUAUGCGCGGUUCCUGGCGUCAAUGGCAUUGACACACAUUUCGACGAACUGCAGGACGUGUUUCUCAUGAGCUCCAAGGACCCAAAGAAUCCAGUUAUCUACGCCGUAUUCACCACAUCCAGUAACAUAUUUAAAGGCUCAGCGGUGUGUAUGUACAACAUGGCAGACAUCAGGAGGGUUUUCCUGGGUCCCUAUGCCCACAGAGAUGGACCCAACUACCAGUGGGUGCCCUUCCAAGGGAGGGUGCCCUACCCUCGCCCUGGAACUUGCCCCAGCAAGACAUUUGGAGGUUUCGAUUCUACGAAGGACCUUCCGGAUGAUGUCAUCACCUUCGCCAGGGGUCACCCUGCCAUGUACAACCCGGUGCACCCAAUAGGGGGACGACCCAUAAUGGUACGCACAGACGUGGACUACCAGUUUACCCAGCUGGUGGUGGACAAAGUGGAGGCAGAGGAUGGGCAAUAUGAUGUCAUGUUCAUUGGCACAGAUAAAGGAACAGUGCUGAAGGUGGUUACGAUCCCCAGAGAAAGCUGGCAUGACCUCGAGGAAGUUGUAUUGGAAGAGAUGACUGUCUUUAGGGAGCCUACUCCCAUCACUGCUAUGGAGCUGUCCACCAAGCAGCAACAGCUGUACCUUGGCUCAGCCCUGGGUGUAUCGCAGAUGUCUUUACACCGUUGCGAAGUGUAUGGGAAAGCUUGCGCUGAGUGCUGCCUGGCCAGAGACCCUUACUGCGCCUGGGACGGUGCUGAGUGCUCGAGAUACUUUCCUACUGCCAAGAGGCGAACCAGACGGCAAGACAUCAGAAAUGGAGAUCCUCUUUCCCAGUGUUCAGACCUUCAGCAUCACGAUGACAUGGAUGGCUUAGGGGACAGCGUGGAGGACAGGAGUGUGUUUGGUGUGGAGAACAGCAGUAUGUUUCUAGAGUGCAGCCCCAAGUCUCAAAGAGCGCUCAUCUACUGGCAACUGCAGAAGCCCAACGACGAGCGCAAGCUUGAGAUAAAGCUAGAUGACCGAGUGCUGCGUACAGACCAAGGUCUGCUGAUACGCAGCCUCACUCAGUUUGACACCGGGGUCUACCAUUGCCAGGCUGUGGAACACGGCUUUAUCCAGCCUCUUCUACGCCUCAACCUCCAGGUCAUCCCCACCCAGAGAUUGGGUGACAUCCUGCCUGGAAUUCCUGGCGCGGGAGGUGGCGCAGGUCACUCGGCCAAGCACAGGAUGUGGUACCGAGAUUUCCUGUCUCUCUUGGACCACCCAGAGCUAAACAGCGUGGAGGAGUUUUGUGACAGAGUGUGGAAGAAAGAGCGCAAACAGAAAAGGGUGAAGACACCUAACGGCAACAGUCAGGGCAAGCCUGACAGCGCAGGCGGGUCCAACUCUGCAUUACAGCCUAGAGCUUUAGCUCCCACUGCUCAGAAACAGCAAGCCAGUCCACCUCUCAGUCGGCCAUGGCAUCAGGCUGGAGCUCUAACAGUAGAAGAGCCAACACUCAGUCAGAAUACCCAAAAGGGUAUAUUGAGCAGUGAGGCACCUAAGAACAACCAGAAAACCCAAAAUGGCCAGAAGGGGCAGGCCAGGCUAGCUGGUUCUCAGCUCGCAGGGGGAUCUCGGGCGAGCAGCCAACAUGCAACCAAGUGGAGACGGAUGCAGGAAAAUAAGAAGGGACGCAACAGGAGGACCCAUGAGCUUCAAAGACCUCCACGCAGCGUUUGAAAAAAAAGAAAAGAAAAAAAAAAGGACACAUUAUACCAGACCGACACA